UGGGUUGGGAGAGUUUGCGUGUGAGAGAGAGGGAGCGAUUUCAACGGGAUCGUAAGAAGCGAUCGCUGGCUGCCACGGUGGACCGGGGUUGCGAUGGUUCCAGCGCUAUCAGGACGGAUUAUUCCGCAGUAACGUCUUUUCGGAGAAACACGUGCAGGUCGAGUCCCGCGCGAGUAGGCAGAAGAAGCACUGGAGAGGAUUAGAGGUGACCGAAAACAAGUGCUCCAAUUUGUGUGCCGUGAGCGUACGUGUGCGUCUGAGUGUGUGUAUGCGACAUACGCGAGCGCGCGAGAGGGGCGUUGUGGCGCGUUGCGUUCCUAGGCGGACGGGUUAGUCUGUGGCCACCCCAGCAGGAGGUUGAAAGUAGGCAGUCGUUGGUUGGUUUUUUUUGCUGGUUUGGGAUGUGGUGUGACAAGUUCAAGUUCAUGUCGUAAAACGGUGUCGUCGACGACGAGUUACAUUUACUGAAGUGGUCUAGUUCUGGAAAGUGAAGGAAUUGGCAAGAACCAAGAAUCGCAGCUGAGAGUGAAAUACCGUAAACUUGCCUACUUUUUGUGACCUACGUGUAAUGCAAGCGCUGGAGAGCUCUGUGGGAUGGCAGCAGAGUGAGUGAAGCGAAGAAAAGGCCACAGCAGGGCCACGAACAAAAUAAAGGAUAAUUGGAUUCAAUAAGUCAUCGACCAGCGGGAUCCCGAUAUUCCUUCCAGAAUUCAACCGGUACAAGUCUCGACCGCGCCUUUAAUUUCUGAUUCAUGGUGUUUUGUUGAUUCUGUUUGUUACCAGACAUUCGACGCGCCGCCGUUUCCUGUAACGAGAGUGAAUUUCGAGCUGACUGAGACUACAACCAGUGGGACGGGUUCGUCGCUUUAUGAAAAGUUUCGCCGAAAUAAAAAAGAAACAGAACGAGUGACCGGGUCCGGGAAUUUCUCCAGCUGGUGGUAAACUGCAUGGUGCAUCGUCGUGGUUGGCAGUAGCCCAACGGUGUGUGUUGAAGUGAUCGCCUUCGGGGUGCAAGUGCAAGGAAUUUUCGGUGCAUAAAGAGAAGAUAUUGCUCGGUGCAGGUGACCGAAGCUGGGAACGACUUGUACGUGGGUUGCGGCGUGCGCUGACCUAAAGGGCAGCAAGUGGAAUUUCGGAUCUUUUCUGUGCAGAAACGGCGCUAAGCUCCCACAAUGAGGAGCUUAAGGUGGGCUCCUGGUGAGCUACGGGACUUUCUACGGAUAUACCUGGUGCUGAGUGUGUUUCUGAUCAACGUGGCGUCUCCUGCGAACGAAAUAUGGCCGGUAGAACGACCGGACGGUAUGCCACAGAUUACCGCCCUGGAGGUUAUGUGCGGUAAGGAUCACAUGGACGUACAUCUGUCGUUUUCGGCACCAUUCGAGGGCAUCGUUAGCUCAAAGGGUCAACACAGCGACCCCCGCUGCAUCUACGUUCCACCGUCGACCGGUAAGACGUUCUUCACGUUCCGGAUUUCGUACUCCCGGUGCGGCACCAAGCCGGACCUGAACGGACAGUUCUACGAGAACACCGUGGUCGUGCAGUACGACAAGGAUCUGCUGGAAGUAUGGGACGAAGCCAAGCGACUCCGGUGCGAGUGGUUCAACGAUUACGAGAAGACGGCCUCCAAACCGCCGAUGGUCAUCGCCGAUCUGGACGUGAUCCAGCUGGAUUUCCGAGGUGACAACGUGGAUUGCUGGAUGGAAAUUCAGCAGGGCAAGGGUCCUUGGGCGCCGGCUGUCAGUGGAAUCGUACCGCUGGGAUCUACGAUGACGUUGGUCGUGGCGAUCAACGACUUCCGUGGAGAGUUUGACAUGCGCGUCAAGUCCUGUGUGGCGUCCGACGGCGCCGGACACGUAAUCAAGCUCAGCGAUGAGUACGGCUGUGUUCUGCGACCGAAGAUGAUCUCACGAUUCCUCAAAGCUCGCGCUCCCGAUGAUAAGGCCUCGGUGAUCACGUACGCUUUCUUCCACGCGUUCAAGUUCCCCGAUGCGCUGAGCGUACACAUCAAGUGUAAGGUCGAAAUCUGUCGCCACGGUUGCUUGGAUCAUUGUCAGCACAGUGGACCGACAGGAGGAUCAGGCAAACUACACAGCCUACUUGAUCGUAAGGAUACUCUGGAUAGCCAUCAGAACAGUAACGACAUCCUACAAGGAUCGGAUGAAGAGGAAGCCGCCUCCAGUAACCAGGACGUGUUCUACGAUGACAUCAUCCACACCGACAAGAACGCCAAUCAACCACCACCGCCACCUCCUCCAGCGCCCAAGAAACCAAUCCUGCCACCAAUUCAGAAGAAGAAGGACAGUGGCUACCUGCAGUAUCAUCACCACAACCGAGAUCCCCUCGACGAAUUGGAGCAACUCUUCCUCAACGAUCACUCGAUGAUGCCGGCUGAGAUGCUGAAGAAGCAACCGCCACCACCACCACCGCCAGCUCCUCAAAUGCAGCACCAACCUCAUCCGCAGUCUCUCCAGCAAAAACUUCACAAAUCAACCCCGGACGACGAAAAGUUCCCUCACGGACCACGACAGAUGGACGCCGAGAAGCGAAUGGGUCUCCCAGCCGUUGCCGGACCUCGUGCCCUAAACCUGGACGCUGAAGAUGUUCGGAAUCCAGUUUACGUCAACGAAGUUCCUAAGAAACGCGUUCGUCGAUCGAUCAAGAUCACCGACCGGAAGAUCCGCUCCACGGACGUUGGAGUCAGCGGCAUCUACGACGUCAUUUCCGAGGCCGACUUGGCCUUCAACCCGGACGGCAAACAGGAAGCCGUCACCGUCUUCCAGGGCAAGAUAACCGAAGAAGUCGUGUACGGCAUCUGCAUGCCCGUGCCAGGCUUCAGCAUCCUGUUCAUCCUGGUCAUUUCGGCCACGAUCAUCUCAUCUCUGAUCGCCGGAUCUCUCCUCUACCGGUAUCAACUCCAGAAGGAGAUCAUGGCGCAACAGGCCAGCGGAGUCACCCCGAACCACCUGCCACCGAACAACUUCGCCACCUGGAUGACCCUGAGACUGUUCCGAUCCCGACAGCAUCACGCAGCGGCGGCAGCGGCAGCUGCUGCCUCCAUGGCAGCCAACGGAGUUCGUGCAUCUAUGGACGUCACCACAACGGCUCAAUGAGCCGUUUCUUCUACUCCUCAAUAGCCUUGUGUAGGUUCUCGCUGCAGAACUACGGAACUCAUCUCUAUUUAUAUCAAGUCGAAAUCGAAUCUACAUCAUUUCCACACUCAAUGAAUCAUUCUUUUUCGGGUUUAUUGCAAUAUUUAUUUUACUUUAAAAAAAUCAAUAAUCGACGAAGAGGAACGAACACACCCACACCCCACAUACAACUCACUCACACAACGCUAGUUUGUAAGCCACGACACAGCAAUGACGAACUCAAAUCAGAACAAGCUUCUCUUCCUCUAUUGUUUACAUUUCCCAUACAAAGAAAACAUUGCUCAAAACGGCAACGAAAACUCCUCAAUUUAUGCAACCCGCGUUCGCGUAUUGCCACUCACUAGACGUGACGCAACGAGACAUUUAUUGCUGCUUAAUCGUUGUCUGUAGGCGAUUAAUUUUGCUCCAGCAAGCGAAAACAAAGAUUACUCUUAUGAAGUGAAAGAAGAAAAAAAGUAAAGCAAAACAUUACGGUAGACUUUAAUUUAUUAAAAAAAAUCAAUGAUAGGUUUAAUCAAUCUCAUGAUUGACGUGUUGACAGAAUGCCAGCAGAGAAGGAAAACAAUGCUCAAUUCGUAAUUUUAAUGAAGAGAAGAAUUCUUUUCGAAAUAUCCGAUUCAUGCAAAUGAGGAAACAAAAAAGUUAAGUUAUUUAAUUUAUUUAAACAAACACUUUGUUUGUUCCACUAGUUGAUCGAUCUGCACUGUGCGGGUGAGAGGUAAUUCUACUUACUCCGGCCGAAGGUUAUCAACCACUGGAACAAUCCCUUACAGUCGAGGUUAAGUGCUGCGUAUUGUUUAGAGAAGAUGAUAUAUUCGAGAGAAAGAGAGAAGCGAUACCCUAGUUAAAUAGCAAAGCAACUCUGUUAUCAAUAGUUGAAACAAAUCACAGUAUUGUAUAAAAAUAA